CAAAAGGUUUUUAGAACAGUUGACAUUAGUAACAUAACCAGUGAUAAUAACCUUAAGAUAUUGCAGAAUGAUGAAAAUAUUGUAGGCACUGUUGUGACAAAGAUUGCAUACAAUGAUGAACGUGACCAGGAUGGGGCAUUCAUUCAAGCCAUCUUUUGGGCUUACUAUAGCACAAUUUCAAUGUUCUCAGUAGCAAAAGACGUUUUAUUAAUUGAUGCAACGUAUAAAAUUAAUCAGUUUUCUAUGCCCUUAAUUGUUAUUUGUGCCAUUGAUCAGUUUGGAUCAACAUACCCACUAGCCUUUGCACUUGUUUAUUCAGAGACUUAUGAAUUUUAUUAUUGGGUAAUGCGACAAUUGAGCCAAACAUUAACUAAAUUAAUAGGUGAUGCGCAAGUAUCAACCUUCAUAACAGAUCAAGAAUUGGCUUUAAUGGCAGCAAUUUCUUUAGUAUUUCCUCACGCAAGACACCAGUUGUGCAUUUGGCAUAUUUUCAAAAAUAUUCGGAAUAAGUAA